AUUAGGCGCGCUCGGGCCGUCACAACCUCGCAACGGCCGGGUCCGCUCCGUAGCCAUGGCGCCUAUAGGGACACAAAGAGAAACAAUCCGAGGGGCGACGAGUCAGCAGAAGCGCGGACUUCUCAAAGAUCCUCUUCCCCAGCCGGGGCUUGCCUCAUACACAGACCUGGACCAGGGGCCGCUGCUCCGGGUCCGCAACCUCACAGGGGAGCGGCUUCCGGUGGUGGUUGCGUCAUCUCCGCGCGUCCCUCCGCCUGCGGCGCCCAGCGGAAGCAGCUGCAUUUCCGGUCCCAACAGGGACCGGAAAGUUGUACGGCCAAAUGGUGGGGUGACAUUCUGCAGACUUCGAACUCACCAAUGGUGCUUCAUCCUGUUUAAUGUUAUCUUAUUUCAUGCCUUACUUUUUGGGGCAGAUUUUGUGGAAGAAUACUUUCUGCAUGCUUUGCCUUAUGUAGAUAUGAAAGUUGCUGAAAUUAAGGAUAAAGCAAGAAAAUUGAAUAUGGAUCCUCUAAGAAGCAACCUUUCCAAAUACUACAUCUUGAACCAGCCAGAGGUAUGUAAAGGGAAGAACAUAUUUUUACUCUCUUUUAUUUUUAGCAGCCCAGGAAAUGGAACAAGGCGUGACCUUAUCCGAACAACCUGGGGUAGCAUGACCAACAUCCAAGGGCAGUCUAUUCUUACACUGUUUGCUUUAGGACUGCCUGUCUUGGUAACUACCCAGCAAGAGAUAGACAACGAGUCUCAUAAGAAUAAUGAUAUAAUUGAAGGAAUCUUCUUGGACAGUGCUGAGAACCAAACCCUGAAGAUCAUCAUGAUGACACAGUGGGCUGUGACAUUUUGCCCUAAUGCUCUGUUCAUUCUCAAGGUUGAGGAAGAGAUGUUUGUCAAUCUUCCAAGCUUGGUAGAUUAUCUUCUCAAUUUAAAAGAACACCGUGAAGAUAUUUAUGUAGGAAGAGUUAUCCAUCAGGCUCUACCCAACAGUGACACUAAUAGCCAAGGAUCUGUCACUCUUAAUGAGUACCAUGAAAAGUACUACCCAGAUUACUGCAGUGGUGAGGCCUUUAUUAUGUCCCAAGGUGUGGCUCGGAUGGUGUAUGUGGUUUUCAGAGAAGUACCCAUUACAGUGCCUGCUGAUGUGUUUAUAGGAAUCUGUGCUAAGUCUGUUGGCCUUGUACCUAUUCACAGUUCAAGGUUUUCUGGGAAAAGGCAUAUCAGAUACAAUAGAUGUUGUUAUAAGUUUAUGUUUACAUCCUCAGAAACUACUGAUGCUGAAGUGUUCCUAGCAUGGAAGGAAAUUAAUAGUGGGAACGAAUGUACACUAUUUGAGUCUUACUAUGGGCUCAUUUCCUGCAAACUUCUGACAUACCUUGACAGCUUUAAACGUUUUCACAUGGGUACCAUAAAAAACAAUGCUAUGAAUUUUGGUGAUUAGAGUAUUGUUGGUGUGCUUCUAGUUCUGCUUCUGGGAUCCCUUCUGUUACGUUGCUUGACGUUGUGGUCUAUUUACAUGGUCAUUCUGUUACAUUGGUUUGGUCUCACUCCCCCUGCCUCCGGGAGAUUUUGGUUUAGUCUUUGCCUUUUCACACUUCUCCCUUCUCCCCACCCCCUAUCCUACGUACUUCCUUGGUUCCAGACUCAUCAGCCGGAGGAGAGAAAGGCAGGACAGGAUCGUGUUAUGAUUAGGUUGUUGGACUGCUUGCCCGCUCGUGAAUCAAGAUUAAACUGCGUUCUCAGCUCA